AUGGCGGACUUCGUCAAACUCAGCAUCUUUGGAACCGUGUUCGAGGUGACCACGCGAUAUGUGGACUUGCAGCCAGUCGGCAUGGGAGCUUUUGGUUUGGUAUGCUCUGCAAAGGAUCAGCUGACCAGCACCAGCGUAGCCAUCAAGAAGAUUAUGAAACCAUUUUCGACUCCUGUGCUGUCGAAGAGGACGUACAGAGAGCUGAAGCUGCUGAAACACAUCAGGCACGAGAAUGUGAGUUUUCGAUCCAGGUGCCGCAUGUGGCGAUGAAGGUGCAAGGGCGAGGGCGAGAGACAUGGCCUUAUCACCUUGGCAUCCGGCAGUUUGAGUUCACGCGUAUCUAUGGUCCACAUUUUGCUUGGGUCGCGAAAUACAAGCGGAGGGCGGCAUGUAUGCGGAGGAUUCGUCUCACUGGGAGAUUAUGCAGUCCGUGCCUGCAAGAAGGAGAUGUUUACUGACGUCGCCCGAUGCUUUCACAGAUCAUCUCCCUGUCCGACAUCUUCAUUUCCCCGCUCGAAGACAUGUGAGUGCUUGGACGUUUUGCUCGACGCCACUCCUCGGUCGCUGAAUUCGCUUUCUCUUGGGUCGCUUCGCCACAGCUACUUCGUUACUGAAUUGCUGGGCACAGACUUGCAUAGAUUGCUUACAAGUAGACCGUUGGAGAAGCAGUUCAUUCAGUACUUCUUGUAUCAGAUUUUGAGAGGGUUGAAAUACGUGCACUCGGCAGGCGUGGUGCACCGAGACUUGGUGAGUAUGGGUGAAGCUGAUCUUACGAGGGUGGACAAGGGCCAGUUGGCUGCCAUGAUUCGGUUGCUUCGGAGUGUGCAACGAAGAACCGGCCUCUUCUCCACCAUGGCCAAGUUGCUACGUGCGAGGAGAAAUGGGGAGGGUGGGACACCUGGCGUUGGAGCAAGACGAUCAUUUCUGCCACCACGCAGAGUAUCUUUGCUCUUUGCUGUGCUGCAUGCUGAUCGAUCUCCAAUCCGCAUGACGUAGAAACCCUCGAACAUCUUGGUGAACGAAAAUUGUGACUUGAAGAUUUGCGACUUUGGGUUGGCUAGAAUUCAGGACCCUCAGAUGACUGGCUAUGUCAGCACGAGGUACUACAGAGCUCCUGAAAUCAUGCUGACGUGGCAAAAGUACGAUGUCGCCGGUGAGUCUGGCUCUACUUCUCUUUCCAUGACUUCUGUCUCCAUCGCAAGAUUAGAGGCCCGCGCAGCCGCGAUGAGGCUCAGAGGAGGCCCUCAGAGACUUGCAGCUUGGCAGGUACGCGUUACUGACUGCAUUGUAUGCCACGCAGUCGACGUCUGGAGCGCGGGAUGCAUCUUUGCAGAAAUGCUGGAAGGCAAGCCACUCUUCCCAGGAAAGGAUCGUGAGUACAAAGCACACGAGCGAGCAUGAUGCCGGCAAGUCUCCAGCUCAUACUCCCACCUCAGACGUCAACCAAUUCUCCAUCAUCACCGAGCUGCUCGGCACUCCACCCGACGAGGUCAUCAAGACGAUUUGCAGUGAAAAUGUGAGUUCUCGCGGUCACCUACCAGAUCUCAUUCUCUUCUGAUGCCGCGUAUGUCGUUUUCACAGACGUUGCGAUUCGUGCAAUCCUUGCCAAAGAGGGAAAGAAUUCCCUUCUCACAAAAGUUCAGGAACCAAGAUCCGGUCGCGCUGGACUUGUUGGAAAAGAUGCUGGUCUUCGAUCCCCGAACCCGCAUCACUGCGGCCGAAGCUUUGAGCCAUCCCUACCUCGCGCCUUACCACGACCCGUCAGACGAGCCAGAGGCCGAAGAGGCCUUUGAUUGGUCAUUCAACGAUGCUGAUCUGCCUGUGGACACGUGGAAGGUGAUGAUGUACAGCGAGAUUCUUGGUGAGUCCCUCGAGAUUGAUUCUUUUCAUGGCGGUAAGACUUGCCGUGCUAAAGUCCCACCGCAUUUAGAUUUUCACAACAUUGAUGAUGCCAAUGGUCAGGCAGAAGGAGCAGUGCCGCCGGCGGUGAGUCCAUCUCUGCGAGGCGAGGGCUUUGGAGGCGCUGAGUGCUGAUACAAACACGCUUGGUACGAAUGAUGUGUUUACAGAACAAUUAG